GUUAAUACACGUCAUCCAUCAUAUAGAUUUCGUUUCUGUGUAGUUCAAUUCGUUACUUCUGAGCCAGAUUGCAUCUUCUUUGAGGGGUUGUGGCUGUUACCCGGAAUCUCGUCCAAAAUGAGCGGAACAGGAAAUUUAAGCCGGCGGCAUCCGCUACAGCGGUUUGCGUCACCGUCGAAGGGAUUUUCAGGCGCUUUACAUGUCGCUGGUCUUAUCAGCUUCUACCAUUCAUUUAAAUUUUUGGCGGAUAACCCCAAUGCCAUCAACGAAUCCUUCGGGUGGCAUUUCCAGUUCCUCACCAUCAUCGGCAUAUCAAUCAGCACAGCAUGCUUUACCUCGGGCUUGCUAGCGGACAUUACAAACUCGCACACCUUUUACACAGUAAAGAAUUAUCUCGCUCUUGUCGCCGCGCCCAUCGAGAUCGUUAUCAGUCUGCUCUACUGGGGUUUGCGCGCCAUCGAUGACGGCUUAGUAGUACCACCGGACCUACCGAUGCCGCCCGUUCUGUAUGAUCUGGGCUUUCACCUGGUUCCUGCUGUCGUGUUGACGCUCGAUGCGAUACUACUAAGUCCACCAUGGCCGACGAUGCCUAUGAAUCCUCAAGCGCCAACCAUUAUGCUCGUUACUUCGACCGCAAUUGCAUUUGCAUACUGGUGGUGGAUUGAGCUGUGCUACUCGUACAAUGGGUUUUACCCGUAUCCGUUGUUCGGAAUGCUGACAACGGCUCAACGCGUGGGUCUGUUUGCAAUAAGUGGCGCCACCAUGUGGGUGGUGGGGGGAGCGUUGAGAGUGCUGUACGCGUGGGUGAAUGGGUAUGAGUCGGUUGAGGAGCUGGAUAAGACCAAGAGGGCGUACAAGAUGAGGGUAGAAGGGAAACGGGACUGAUUCAUACAUCUAUCAGAGUUGAUAGCAUCAGUUAUCUCAUGGAGAGCCAGGAGACUUCGAUGAUCAAAAGCAUGAAGCGUCGAGGUCAAGCGUUGUGUAUAGAUGGCUGGAGUUUGAUUGGUUACGAGCGUCAUGACGCAGAGUCUUUUUGAAUGUAAACAUAGAAGCUUUUGUAAGGGGAAGAUGCCUUCAGGGGCACGCGCUAUGCUAAAAAUGCGCUCGAUUGACAGGAGCGACGACUUUGACGUCCAGAAUUGUAUGGAUGCACUCGUUUCUAUCACAUUCCUUGUAUUAAAACACGCAUAUUGAAAUCAGCGAUACUGUACAAGCCACAA